AUGAGCCCGCUCUGCCCAGACCCGCACUGCCCGCCGCCCCCGGCUCAGCGCCGCCCGCCCUGCUCUGCCCCAGGGGCGGGCCCGUGCCAGCGCCGCGCACCUCCCCCGCCUCCCCUUCCGCUACGGGCCCGGCGCCGGGCGGAGGGAAGGAGGCGGCAGCGGGCCCGCUCGGUCCGGCUCGGCCCGGCUCGGCCCGGCUCGGUCUUGGUCCUGGUCCGUGGCAGCGCUCCCGCCGCCGGGCCUUGCCCGUCCGCCUCCCGCCGCCGGGAGAGGCCGCCCGCGCGCCUCGCCCCGUGCGCUCGGCGCCCGCCGCGCUGGGAAUACAGGCGGGCGGGAGGGAGCGGCGGCGGCAGGGGGUGCGAGGGGGCACCCCCGAGGGUCGCGGACGGCCCGGGGGGCGGUUGGGAGUGCGGCCAUGAAUGUAGGAACGACUGCGAGCCGUCCCGGUAUCUGCACCAGGAUGGCCGAGUGGUUAAGGCGUUGGACUUAAGAUCCAAUGGACGCAUGUCCGCGUGGGUUCGAACCCCACUCCUGCAGGUGAAGCUCAUGAAAAUGUCAUAGCUCAGCAACCAAACUGGCC